CUUUCCGCAUUAUCAAAGCGCUACUAAGACGCUAUGUGCGACUUUUGGGAUGCAACUCCAAGAAAAGAGAAAACUGCAAAGGCGCGCAGAGAGUUUGCGGGCAGUGCAACAGGCGGAGAUUUGACCGGAGGAUGAAAUAUUCCGAAUAUGAAGUAUGACUGACAGAAAUCUAAGCUUCAAUUGAUAUAUAUGUUUUUGUGGCCAGGAUCCUUGAGAUGGCUUUAAAGUUGGAUGAAAGCGGUGGAGAGACUUUGACGAGCCUUUUAGUGUCCUUUGGUACAAUCUUACUUGUCUUCCACGUGUGUCGCUGGUUCCUGCAGCGCUCGGUUGCGCGCUUACCGGGCCCGAUCCCCUGGCCCAUCAUCGGCAACGCUGCGCAACUCGGCAAGGCGCCGCACCUGUAUUUCAUGCGCAUGGUGGCGAAAUACGGCGAGGUUUUCCAGAUCCGACUAGGCUGCAGGGACGUGGUAGUGCUGAACGGAGCGUCAAUCAGGGAGGCUUUGAUCAAACAGGGCUCGGCGUUUGCAGGGAGACCCGAUUUCAACUCUUUCCAGUACGUCUCCAACGGGGAGGGUUUCGCCUUCGUCACCACGACGGACUGGUGGAAAGUGCAUCGCAGGGUGGCCCAUUCCACCGUCAGGAUGUUCUCCACGGGGAACCAGCAAACUAAAAGGACAUUUGAGCAGCACAUCCUCAACGAGUUUAAUGAGCUUCUGGGGGUUUUCCUGGCCAAGACCGAGCAGCAGAAGUUCUUCGUGCCCUUGUAUUACCUGGUAGUGUCCACGGCCAACAUCAUGAGUGCGGUGUGCUUCGGCAAGAGGUACUCGUACGAGGACGAGGAGUUCCGUAAGAUGGUAGGCAGAAACGCGCAGUUCACGGAGACUGUGGGCGCGGGGAGCAUCGUAGACGUCAUGCCCUGGCUCCAAUAUUUCCCCAACCCCGUGAAAACUUUGUAUAACAAUUUCAAGUCGCUCAACAAGGAGUUUUAUCUCUUCACUCUCCAGAAGGUGAUGGCACACAGAAAAACAUUUGACUCGAGCACCAUCAGGGACAUGACUGAUGCCAUGAUUGCAGCAUUUAAUGAUAAAACUGCAGGCUACUCGUCAUCGAAGGAUUAUGUGACCGCCACUGUUGCAGAUAUAUUUGGAGCAAGUCAAGACACGUUGUCGACAAUGCUGCAAUGGAUCAUUCUCAUCCUCGUCAAGUACCCGGAGAUUCAAGUGCGUCUCCAAGAUGAAGUGGACAAAGUGGUGGAUCGCAGCCGCCUCCCCUCCAUCGAGGAUCAGCCUGAGCUGCCUUAUGUCAUGGCCUUCAUUUACGAGGUCAUGCGCUUCACCAGCUUCGUGCCCCUCACCAUCCCUCACUACACCACCACCGACUCAUCCAUCAACGGCUACACAAUUCCAAAGAACACGGUCGUUUUUGUAAACCAGUGGUCCUCCAAUCACGAUCCCUCCAUCUGGUCACAGCCGGAGAAAUUUGAUCCCCAACGUUUCCUUCACCUCAGUGGUCAUCUGAACAAGGACCUUUGCAGCUCUGUGCUCAUCUUCUCUCUAGGGAAACGGCGCUGUAUUGGAGAGGAACUGUCCAAGUUGCAUAUCUUCCUCUUCACAGCUCUUCUGGUACACCAGUGCCACAUAACAUCAGACCCAGCCAAGCCACCUGACCUCGGCUAUACCUACGGUCUGACUCUAAAACCAAACAGUUACUCAAUAGCCGUGUCACUGCGGGAUAACCGAGGCCCAACCUCUAGUCUUUCAGAAUGAAGUCCCAGAGGUGAUUGAAAACCUUGCAGUACCAGACAUUGCCUACUGGGUAUGACUCCUCUGGCUUCAAAACAUUGUAGUUUACAUUGACACUCUAUUCUAAACUGUCUGAUUUCACUGUCAAAAUUCUUAAAGCCUGGUACUAGCUUUGAAUUUUGAUUUUUUUUGUACCACAAUCAUUAAGUUGUGAUCUCUUAAUAUGGAAAAAUAAUGAGGAGACGCUGCUAUUGUCACGUGCCUUUUCAAACAACUUCAGAAAUGUACGUCAUGCUGGCUGUCAGCAGUACCCAAGGCUCAGCUGUAUUCUUGAAUUAGUGUCGUAAAUAUGUGCAAAUAUGGUUUUGAGGUUCUUAGUUGACUGUACUAAUGAAUCUUCAAAGGUUUCUUGCAUUUUAUUUUUUUAUUUCAGAAAGUUAAACCUUGUUUGGGGCCAUUAUUAUGUUGGUAACAGCUAUCGACUCUGAUAGCUCACUCGCCACAUUACGUUUUAUGCUUGUUGUAUAGGAGGUUGUGGAUUAUGUGGACUUGUCCGACUAAAAAUAUACACCAUUUAAAAAAAGAAAACAAAACACACCUUUGGAAACAACCAAGUUCAGGAAUUUUAAACAUAUGUGAUACAUAUUUGUCCAUAAAGUCCUCAUAUUCGAGGUGGUAAUUGAAGGUGGCUUGACAUUCGAUGUUUGCUUGAUAAUUAAAAAGGAACUUUCUACAAAGACGAUAGAAUUUAUUCAUUUUCUGUAGUAGCUACACGCAAGGGACCGUCUACAACGGAUCACGUUAGUAUUGUGCAGUAUGAACGUUAUCUGGAAGCAAUGCACAAAAACCAUGUAAGGACACAGAGGAGGGUGCUUCCCAUCCUACUUCAACAUCAGUUAAAAGGCUAUCUUUUAUCUGACUGCGACAACUGAGUGUUUGACCACCUGCCAGGGGCCAAAGAACCUUGUAGUGAGGGACCUCAAGAGUAACCUGGAGUGCAUGUAUGUGACAUAAACUUUGUUACUACUGAAUUAAACUGUAUUUAAAACUUGAACUGUAAGAUCUAAGAAGCUCAACAUGCACACACCUAAAACCACAAGUAACCACACACAAUUAGUAGUUAACAAAUCACCUACCGUAUUUUACACAGAAAGUAUUCCUUUGAAUUAUUCCAUUAUGAAAAGUUUUACUGACCAUCUGACUUGAGAUUUAAGGCUCCACUGUGGAGUGUGCACCAUGUAACACAUAUUUUGUUCCCAGGUUCUAAGCUGUUUUGUCGCAUUAAGAAAUAAAAAACUUUUGUUUCCCAAAAGGUUUGGGUUUGUGAUCACAACUUUGAAAUGAUAUUUUCCACUUU